GCCUCAACUAAUUUGGAUUAGCCCCAUAAAUAUGGGAACCUUCAUACCAAAUCCAAAGAUAUGAUCCAAUUAAUUAAAUUGGACCCACUUCAAUUAUUCACACUUCCCUCCAAUCAAAUAUUCUAAGUUUUUACUCUCACUUCCCACACACUUCGAGGCUCCCACUUACAUCAUCAUCACAAUUCCUAAAUACCGCAAGAACCCUAAUUUCAAAAUUAAAUUCUUUCAACCGCUCCAUCACUAAAAAUUCAAAUUACCCACCACCCCUUUUCAACUUCUCUUCACUACAGUUCGAUUUAAUUUCUAAAUUUUUUGUUUUAAAUCAUUUCAGUUCUUCCGAAUUUAUUUUACCCUUGUACUAAUCCCUUUUUUCUCUCUCUUUACCCCUAUUUUGAUUUUCUCUUAAUUUGGAAAUUCGGAGUUUUUAAGGUAUGCCCAUGUUUUUCCUUUUCAAUUAAAGGUUGAAUUUACCCUUUAUUUGAGCCAUUUUGCAUGGGGCGUUUUGGCCAUUGUUGUAGGAAAGAAUUGCGUUUUAAAAUAUUGGCUAGUGUAAAUUUACUUUUGCUGUUUAUAGUGUAGAAAUGAAUAAGAUUAAUGUGGGUAUUAUGUGAUUUGUUACGUUUAUGACAUUGGUUUAGUUUGAUAUGCAUCUUGGUAUGAUUGAUGAAACAUUUAGUUUUGUAUAGUAGUUGUAUUUAGCUUGUUAUUGUGGUUAGUUUUCUGGGUAUUGUUUGUGGGGUUGAACAUGGAGACCCCGGUUUCGGAUGGGGUUGUUCCAAAAAGGUCGUUGAGGAGGAAAGUUAGUACGAAAAAUUAUGAUGAGAAGUUGAUGGAUGAUCUUAUAGAGGAGCAUUUAGGUGGCCCUUUAAAGAAAAGGAAUAGAACUAGGGAUGACUUGGAGAAAGAAACUGAAACUGAGGCUAUGAUAGCUAUAUCGCUCGGUUUCCCCAUCGAUGCGUUGCUCGAUGAGGAGAUUAGGGCGGGUGUGGUGGGGGACCUAGGUGGGAAAGAACAGAAUGACUACAUUGUUGUAAGGAACCAUAUUCUUGCAAGGUGGAGAGGCAAUGUUCGAGUUUGGCUGUCUAAGGGGCAGGUUAGGGAAACUGUUAGUAGUGAGUUUGAGCAUUUGAUCUCCUCUGCUUAUGAUUUUCUUUUGUACAAUGGGUACAUUAAUUUUGGUGUGUCACCGGCUUUUACUUCUCAGAUUCCAGAGGAGGCAUCUGAGGGAUCAGUUAUUAUAAUUGGGGCAGGACUUGCCGGUCUUGCUGCAGCAAGGCAGUUGCUGUCGUUUGGCUUUAAGGUCAUUGUCCUUGAAGGAAGAAACCGUCCUGGGGGUAGAGUCUAUACUCAGAAGAUGGGUAAAAAGGGUGAGUCUGCUGCAGUUGAGUUAGGUGGAAGCGUUAUAACCGGCAUUCAUGCUAAUCCUUUGGGGGUUUUGGCUAGGCAACUAUCAAUACCGUUGCAUAAGGUGAGAGAUAAAUGUCCUUUGUACAAGCCAGAUGGAAUGCCAGUUGAUCAUAAGAUAGAUUCCAGUGUUGAAUUUAUUUUUAAUCGUUUGUUGGAUAAAGUAACUGAGCUGAGAAAAAUCAUGGGUGGAUUUGCUAAUGAUAUUUCUCUGGGUUCUGUGUUGGAUACUCUUCAAGAUCUUUAUUCGGUGGUCAAAAGUAAAGAUGAAAUUCAACUCCUUGAUUGGCACUAUGCGAAUUUGGAAUAUGCUAAUGCCGGAUGUUUAUCAGAGCUCUCAGCCUCAUAUUGGGAUCAGGAUGAUCCCUAUGAGAUGGGGGGUGAUCAUUGUUUCCUUGCCGGUGGUAACUGGAGGCUGAUCAAGUCCUUGUGUGAAGGAGUUCCUAUAUUGUACGGGAAGACUGUUAACACUAUUAGAUAUGGAAAUGACGGUGCUGAGGUGAUAGCUGGGGACCAAGUCUUUCAAGCAGAUGUUGUCUUGUGUACUGUGCCUCUUGGGGUGCUGAAGCGAAAGGCAAUUACAUUUGAGCCUGAGUUGCCCCAAAACAAGCUAGCGGCUAUUAAUCGAUUGGGUUUUGGGUUGCUGAAUAAAGUUGCAAUGGUUUUUCCUCAUGUAUUUUGGGGAGAAGAACUUGACACAUUUGGUUCUCUUAGAAAUCAUACCCAUGAACGAGGAGAGUAUUUUCUAUUCUAUGGUUACCAUACUGUUUCUGGUGGUGCGGUACUCGUAGCCUUAGUUGCAGGAGAAGCUGCCAAGGACUUUGAACACACUGAUCCAUCCACUCUGUUGCAUCGAGUUUUGAAUCUGCUCAGAGGUAUAUACAAUCCAAAAGGAGUUCAAGUGCCUGAUCCUAUUCAGACAGUUUGCACAAGGUGGGGCACUGAUCCUCUUUCCUAUGGCUCAUAUUCUCACGUUCGAGUAGGUUCAACUGGUAUCGACUAUGAUAUCUUAUCUGAAAGUGUUGAAAACCGAUUGUUCUUUGCUGGUGAGGCAACAAGUAGGAAGUACCCGGCCACAAUGCAUGGUGCAUUUUUGAGUGGCCUAAGAGAAGCUGGCCGCAUUUAUCGAGGCACUAAGAGUUUGCAGUUGCAUGGAAGGAAAUAUGGGCAAAAAAGUCUUGGACCCAGCUUUGAUACCCUUCUUGAUCUUUUUAGGAGGCCUGACUUAGAGGUUGGAAGGUUCUUGUUUAUUCUCGAUCCGUUGACAGAAAUUGGGAGCUCCCUUGGGCUUUUGAGAGUUGCUUUUGAGGACUUCAGCAGUGAACUCUGUGAUGAUUGUAGUUGUUUGGUUGACCAGGGGACAAAAUGUGCAAAACACAGUAGCCUUCCUUUGCAGCUUUACGCAGUAGUAUCUCGUGAACAAGUAGAACAGCUGCAACAAGUAAAUGGAGGAGACCAAGAUAGGUUGUUGUAUUUUUUCAACAAUCUUGGGCUAAAGCUCAUGGGACCGAGUGCUUUGGGUGCUCUAGGGAACACUGUGAUCACUGCCAUUCAAAAUGCACGAAGAGGUAGAGGCAGGUAUCGUUUUGGAAGUGGACCUCCACAAGGAGUCAUAUAAAUGCUGCUGGUCAGCAUUAUCCGGUUGUGGUAGUGUUUGUAGAUUACAAACUCAAGCUCCCGUCAAAAAAAAAAAAAAGAUUACAAACUCAAGCUAAGAAGGUUGCUGUUUACUCUUGUUUCCAGCUAGUGGUAGAUGUUGCAAUGAUGAAGUCGUGAAGCAGUCAAUGUAAUUUUUUUGUUUGGUGCUGUUUCCGACUGGUAAGAGCAACUAAAGCGAGGAUGUAUUUGUCAGGGAAUAGGUUAAGUGUAGUCUGCAGUGGUAGCAACUAGCAAAUGGGAGUGAGGGAAUUGAGUGGUAGAGCGGUGGUAGCAACUAACAAAUGGGAGUGAGGAAAUUGAGUGGUAGAUGACUAGUUGCUGCUGCUAUAACAUCUUCUGAGUUCUGACUUCACAAUUACAGUUAUGCUGGUAUUCUUGCGCCCUUGCUCACUAAAUGUAAAUUUUGUGUACACUAAAAUUUUUGAUGCUCUGAAAAUGCAACACUUAUGACCUUGUGAUACCAGUAGCUAGAAAAAACAUUUUGAUUAUGUUCUUUGCUAGUGAAAGUAGGAGUAAUUGGCAAAUUUAUGUGGCAUUGUGGCAUCAAUUUUGUUUUUCUGAUAUACUUCCUUUGUUUUUCAUAUACUAUCAACACACAAUCUUGGCACACCAUUUUAGAA